AUGACGGCCGAGGACGCGAGCGAUGCGCCGCGGGCCGCGGCGAACGGCGAGGCCGCCAAAAACAAUAAGACAGGACCCGGCUCGCCCGUCGCGCGCCGCGGCGGCCCCCGCGCCCCCCGGGGCCCCGUGGCCGAGCCCUCGGCGAAGCCGAGAGGAAGAGGCCGCGGCAGCGCCGCCUCCCGCAAGCACGGCCACGAAACCGUCGACGGCCGGCCGCGCGCGCCUUUGCCCGGCACGUCCAAGCGGCGCACGGCGGGUAAUGGAGGCGCGCGCCAUUCUGGAGAGGUCGUCUACGUCUGCCAGUCCUACGGCUUCAUCCGGAAAGAUGGAGAUUCAUCAUCAGAGGACAUAUUUAUGCAUCUCGUUGAUGUGGAUUUUGAGCCGAAGCUCAGGGAUCGGGUCUCCUUCGAGCUGGCCACGUUCCGCGACCGGCCCAAGGCCGUCGAGGUGACGCUCGAAUCGAGCAGGGGCCCGGACGACCGUUCUGUGAGAUUGCAGAACGUACGCCGAGUUCGCCUCGCCCGCGGUCGCCGCCGCGGCGCUCGAGCAGUGCCGCGGCAAAAAAAUCGGCGACUCGAGCUGCAAGUUCGACGUCUGCCAGAAGCUGCCGAACUUCCACGACAAAAAGCCGCAGCGGCGCGAGCGGCGGCCGCCGCGCGCGGCGGCGCCGGCGCCCGCCGAGGCCUCGGCCGCGUCCGAGUCGAAGCGCGACGCAUGACGCGCCACCACCCCCCUCCCUAUCCCCUGUCCCCCAAAUCAAACAACAACGCACGAGACGAACGAGAUCCGCAGGGCCGCGGCCUCGCGCCGCCGCCGCACCACACUUGCUGCCGCCGAGCACGCGCCGCGCCGCCCGCGCCCGCCGGUAACCAACAUAGAUUUAUCGCCUCCACGCCAUCGCCGGUUCGAAACAACACCCACCACCGUACCCGUGA